CGCAGCAGCGAUGCAACCUGGUUACCUGGGGCGGGGCGGUGUUUAAAGCGGAUGGGGAGAUUGUCGUACAGCAACGUUCUCAGCAGCAGCAGCAGCAGCACUACCGGCCGCAACAGCAACAACAAGGGAGGAGAGGGCAGGAGCUGGAUCGGGAAUGCUGGGUUCGGUAUGCCCGUACGGAAGGGGCAGUCGCUGACACAAACCACCCAACCACCGCAACCGCCAACCGACACGCUCAACCGCACCACCAGCAGCAACAACAACAACAACAGCAGCAGCAACAACAACAACAGCAACGGC